AUGGAGCAAACAAAGGCGUUAAACGCUUUGGAGCCGUUUCUCGCACUCUCGAAAUCCGCCUCUUCGCCACGUGCUGCUGCCGAUCUAAUCAUCCGAGCGACAUCUGCCCCAAACACAUAUGUUUUUGCCGAACUUCUCCAAACUCCUCAGAUACAGGCACUAUCAUCGUCUUCCGAAUUCUCCUCUCACUUAUCACUUCUGCAAAUCUUCUCGUACGGCACAUUCGAAUCAUAUUCGGCCGCCCAAAAUCUUCCUGCGUUAAACGAAGCUCAAACACUAAAGCUUCGCCAACUCUCUCUUCUUACACUCGCUAGCGAUCGAACGAAGCUUUCAUACACAUCUCUAAAGAGACAUCUCAACUUGUCUUCGGCAAGAGAAGUCGAGGAUCUCGUAAUCACUGCCAUUUAUGCUGGCUUGUUAGAGGCUACUCUUGAUCCGGCAAGAGAAGCUGUUCAGGUUACCAGAAUUGCACCACUGCGUGAUCUUCCGCCGGGGUCUGUUCCUGCAAUGAUCGCAGCUCUUAAAGGCUGGUCUAGCCUCUGCACAUCCACGAUUGCCGAUAUCGAGGCCCAUUCGGAGACCAUUCGCUCAGCAGCCACUACGAGGGAGAAAGAACAACGAACAGCUGACGAGAAGUUGAAACGGCAAAUGGAGGGACUCCAAGCUUUGGGUAAGCUCGGCCAGGGAGGCCGGGAUGUACUCCCCCGCCAUGGAAUGAACAAACGAUCUAUGUUCGAGGGUGCUGGCCACCCCGCUGACGAGGGGUCCAUGGAUCUUGACCCUGCAGCGUGGUCUGAGCUUGGAGCACGAGGGAGCAAGCGCAAGAUAUAA